AUGUCUGCAGCGCCGUCACAGACUGCAGGUCACUCGGAAAGUCAAAGACGCAGGCCUCCUCGUCUUGCGCACAAGAAGUCUCGUACAGGGUGCCAGCGAUGUCGGAGUCGCAGAGUUAAGUGCGACGAGACCCGUCCUGUCUGUCGAGACUGUCACCGACAUGGCGUACCGUGUGUAUAUGACAGGUCUGAAGGGUCCUGCCAAGCAGCGCCACCUGCCCAAGUGGUCUUCAUCCCUGUCGAACCCGAACCCAUAGGGCAGCCUGCCUUGUCAAACUCCAACCGCGAUCAGUAUCUGGAGCUCCGACUCCUCCAUCACUUCACUGUAGCAACUACCUCGACAAUACCAUGGACCCAUCUGCCACAUAUCAAAGAAUGCUGGACGGUCGACGUCCCCCGACUGGCAUUUACUUACAGACCACUACUGCAUGUCAUCUUCUCAAUUUCCGCGCUCCACAUGGCCAAGUCCGAGCCAGGCCAGUCCCACCUGCUAGCAAUUCACCGGGAAUACUUCGAAGAGGCGCUCCGCGAGCACAGACUCUCCGUCCAGCGGAUUACAAGAGAUAUCGCCGACGCGGCGUGUUUCACGACGGUGCUUUUACUCAUUGAUGUCUUUGCAACACUGCACGAUCGCCCGCUGCAGCCUUAUGAACCGCCGCUGGAAUGGAUGCACCUUGUCCGGGGAUCCGAGACGGUGUUCCGUAUCGCCCUUGAUACGAUUAGAGACAACCGCGCUGCUAAAAUUUGGUCUAUCAUUGAGAGUUUCCCGCCGGUUAGGAAUGCAGUUGCGAAUUUAACGGAAAAGGACUUGGAAUUGUUUUCUUAUCUCCUGCCCGACUCGGCAAGUGAGGACAUGGAAACGUAUAGAGAGACAAUCCGAUAUAUAACCGCCACCCGUCGAGUCAUGGAAUCCGACGAGUCAUUACAAAUCACCGCGCGACAUAUCAUGGUCUUUCCCCUGAUGGCGCCGGCUGGGUUUAUGGGUCUUGUUGAAGAAAAACGGCCGCGCGCACUGGUUGUCCUAGCGCAUCUGCUUGCUAUGGCUGCGCCGUUGAGUGAUUGGUGGUGGAUUGGACAUACGGGGCAUAGAGAUGUCUUUGCCAUUCGCGAUAUGCUUGGGCCGGAGUGGAAGGGUGUGAUGGAGUGGCCGGUUGAGGUUGUUAGCCGGCGGUGUCGGAUGUGUAAUAAACAAUCUACAUAG